UACCACAUCGAUUUAGAUCUUGCACCUCAGAAUAGAUGGGAUGAUUUGGCUUUCCAUGAAGGGGCAAAGUUGAAGAAAAUCCUUCAGGUAUUUAAAGACGUUCUGUUAAGUUUUUCCAAAUACUCAGCCAACAUUAUCAGCUUUGUUGAUAAUAAUCUGGGUCAGCUGGUAGACACUUUGCCCCAACCAUACAGAGAUGAGUUGAAAGGAUUAGCUAAUGCAACCAAUCUACCACUAGGGGAGGUUUUGCUUUACAACUUGUUCUACGAGGUCUUCACAGUUUGCACAUCAAUACUUGCAGAAGAUGACAGAGGAAACUUGUAUCACGCCAGGAACAUGGAUUUUGGAUUGUUCAUGGGUUGGGACUCACAGAACAGCACCUGGCUGAUGACGGAGGCCCUGAAGGAUUCCGUGGUGAACUUGAAAUGGAAGAAGAAUGGGCAGGUUCUCUUCAAAUCUGUCAACUACGUUGGCUACAUCGGAGUGUUCACAGCCAUGAAGCCCGGUGCCUUCAGUCUAACUGUCAAUGAACGAUUCAACAUUGAUGGAGGAUAUUUGGGCAUAUUGAAAUGGUUGCUCGGAUACAGACAAUCGUCCUGGCUAACAUUUAUAACCAGACAAGUCAUGGAAACAGCUCGAGACUUUCAUGACGCGUAUUAUUUGCUGAGAGAUAAGGAACUUUUGGCACCUGUGUAUUUCAUUCUUGGCGGAAAUCAAACUGAUCAGGCGGUUGUCAUCACACGUUCAAGACUUGAGGCCAUAGAUGUUUGGCACCUGAGUAUGGAUAAUAGCACAUUCUACUUACUGGAGACCAAUUACGACCACUGGUCCAAGCCACCUUUCUAUGAUGAUAGGAGGAGUGUGGGCAGGAAAUGCAUGGAUGGUCUGACUAAGAAGAAUGUUGGUUUUCUUGGGUUGUUUGAUGUCUUGUCGAGUAAGCCAGUGCUCAAUAAGCUGACAACGUACACGACACUGAUGCAAGUGAGCAGUGGAAGGAUGGAAAGUUACAUACAAUACUGCCAGAAUCCCUGCAGCCCUUGGUGA